GGGAGCGUCGGUGACGUGUGACGUCGCACCGUCAAGUGGGGAGCUGCAGCGGUGGUUGUUUUCCCCUCUGCCGUAGCCGCGCAACGGUUCCGGGCCUGGGCGAGAUGGAGAGCGCCAACCAGGAUAUCAACCUUAACUCUCCCAACAAAGGUCUGCUGUCCGAUUCAAUGACAGAUGUGCCUGUGGACCACCCCAGCGCUGCUGCCACAGCAACUCCUUCAAGAGCCUCGGCCUACAACGGGCUCACCGAAGCCGAGGAAGAAGAGCUAAGGUCUGAGCUGGCCAAGGUGGAAGAGGAGAUCGGCACCUUGCGCCAGGUAUUGGCUGCCAAAGAGAGACACUGCGGAGAGCUGAAAAGAAAGCUGGGCUUGACCCCCUUGGAUGGUUUGAAGCAAAAUCUCUCCAAAAGUUGGCAUGAUGUCCAGGUUUCUAACGCCUAUGUGAAAACCUCUGAGAAACUCGGAGAGUGGAAUGAAAAGGUGACCCAGUCGGACGUAUAUGUUUCGGCCAGCAAUACACUGGAGGACUGGAAUGAGAAAUUAACACAGUCAGAAGCCUAUAAAAGGACCCAGGAAACACUCUCUCAGGCGGGCCAGAGGACCUCAGCUGCUCUUUCCAAUGUGGGUUCCGCGAUCAGCCGGAAGCUUGGAGACAUGAGAAAUUCAGCAACUUUCAAGUCUUUCGAAGACAGAGUUGGAACCAUAAAGUCCAAAGUUGUGGGUGGCAGAGAUAACGGUGCCGAUCAGCUCCAUUCCCCGACAGCAUCUGGAGACAAGCCGUCCCAGGACAACGCACCUUUCUAAGUCUACGGCAUGGUGGUGCCUGACUGCCGGAGCCCCACCCUUUGCUCUUCCCAACAUGCAAGACAAAAAAAGAAAAAAAGAAAAAGAGAGAGAGAGUUGCGGUCCCACUCGGAAGAGAGAGAUCCAUACAUCAUAUGUAGACAUUUUUUGCUGCUGGAUUCUUCAGGUCCAAUAAAGUGAACACACCGUGUUUUGUACACUUACCUAUUUUACACUAAAGGUUUCUAGAUGGAACACCUUGCUGUGCUUCCGUUUGGAAGGGUAUCAGCAGGAGGGUUCUGCUGUUAGGGCCCAAAAGGCCCUUUUAGGCUUCAGAGGCUUGUAGCCACCCCCCUCCCCCUUAGUCCCCCUCCAGUUGCAAGCAGAAAUUUGAGUUCUUUAUGCAAUAUGGAGGAGGAUAAUUUCAGGAAGUGUUUGCUGUACAUAAACAGCUAAACACUCUAUCUUUACUCCAUCUUUUGGUAUAGCUAGCUGGCUUUCAGUUAUGCUCAUUUGCUUUUUGGGCUGUUAGAGUGCCCAUGACUGCUUUGGAAUUCUCCAGCCUCUGUUUAGAUCUAUAAACCAAGUUUACUUAGUGGGGUUAGAGAUAUUCCCCCCGCCCCCUGGCUUUUCUGGGAUUCUCAGAAAGUACUCUCUACUUAGCUACAGCCUAGCUUGCUACACUGGAUUCUCUAAGCUUUAAUAAAUCUCAGAAACUUUAUUUUUUAGAAUUGCAGUGGACUUCACACCGCACAAGCUUUUAGCAUUGUGAAUUAGGGGCCACCUGCCUUUCAGAUGCGGGAGCUGAAACACAAGCCUUACAUCACCACCUGCUUUACUUGUUUAUAAUCUUUUUAUAUCUUGAAAGUGUGAAGAAUGUUGUGGGUGGGGAAGGAAAGGAAAGGAAAGGAAAGGAAAGGGGUUGAUGCAUCCUACCAUAGAAACUGCAUGUGGCUCUUACGUUCAUUUCAGUGGCGCGUGGCUGUGUUGCACACAUGCUUGUUUGCACGCAUGCUCUCUCUCUCUCCCCCCCUGAGUGUAUGGAAUUUGCUUCUCUGCCCCUUGGAUUUUGGUCUUGCCUUAGAAGGUCCUGGAGCAGCAAGGGGCACCAUGAUUACUGAGGCACCCAAGUUCUGUUCUAGUGGGUUUUCUUUCUUUGUUCAUUGUUUCUUCCAGGAACUUUCAUAAAAUACUUUAUAGAUUCUGGUGUUGAGAUUCUGUUCAUGGCCUUUGCAACCAGUUGAUGUCACUGGUGACCCCUGUGUGUUGGCUGCUCUUGCCAAUUACGCUUGGAAACACUAAUAUAUUAAGUAAGGCUAAGAACCUGCCAUUCUCCUGACCUUGUAGCUUGAAAGCAGAGGCGCGACUAAGCGAUCCAAACCCUCUGUGCCUUAGAGGCUCAGUGGGAUGUGAAGCAGUGCCCCGUAGUACAUACCAACAGAGACAUUUGCCCCCAGAAAGAAUUAUCUGGUGACCCUUCCUCUCUCCAGUCUCCUGAGAAGCACGUUUUGACACUUAAGUGCUGAUGAUAAAAUUCUUCCUGCCUCCUUUUGUUGCUGUUGGAUGAAUACCUUACUGGUCAAACCUGGCACCAGAGAGGCAGGAGAUCUGCAGGAGAUGAGAUUUGUUUUAGUUUCUUCAGAGUGAAAUAGUCGCCUGUAUUGGAAAGGGGAGAAAUGGUGUUGAUGGGACAGAGAGCUGCAGGAACAGGCUAAGCUGUUUCUCCUGUAUGGGUGGGGGGGAAAUUUGUCAAUAAAAUAUUCCUUUUGGAAAAAGCAAA